AUAGCGUGCAUGCUCACGAGUGGAGUUUUCGGUUGGACAGACGAAUCAGUGCUUGACCGCAAGGCAGAUUGAUCAUGCGCAGGUGAACAUUACGAGUUUACUUCGAAUGCCUGAGAAAUGCUGGGAGCGUGGUAAUAAGUAGCUAAGUCUCCUAGCAACAUGGGAAACACUGGGCCCUUAGUGAUUAGUUGAUGGCUGUGGAGAGGCAGUGUGGAGUCUGAGGCGUCAUGUCAGUUCCCAACACCCCAGGUAGUCGUCUUCAAGACACCACGAUUCCCCAAACUGCUGACAUUUCCAAGAUGGCCGCUAAGGGCAGUGCCCGCUUUGGAGCUUUGAGUCAUCAUUCCUUCUUCUCCCGACACAACCCGCACCCACAUCGUGUCAACCACAUUCCGGGCCUGAAUGGGAGUCCAGUAUGCAUGGUGAAUGAUGACUGGUACAUGACCUCACUAUUCCCCCAUCCGCUUACCAAGAGCCAGGUGUUCAGAACCACUACCGGAGCACCGUUCUCCAUGCCAUUCGGACACAGUCUGUGCGGAGGAAGGAACAGCGCUGCAUACAGAAAAGUUUUGUUAUCAGAAGCGUGGAAAGAGGAGCUGAAAGACCUUGCUGCAAAAGUUAGCAUUUCUACUCAAGCCAGAAAGGACAAAAAAGAUGAUGGUCCGGGUCUGGUUCGGAGGAAGACCCAGUAUUCAGCCCAGACGGGGCGGGUCAUCCCCCCUUCCACCACACUUUACCAACGUCACCAACAGCCCCAGAAACAUCGCCUUCCCAUUGGCCCAGUUCUCCAUGACCAGGAACUUAUGGUUCUGGAGCUGCUGUGUCAAAUCCUCCAGACUGACUCCUUGUCAGUAGUCCAGCAUUGGCUUCUGCUUGCAGGCCAGCGGGAGAAGGACCUGGUGAUGGGGUUGAUUGAACAGGCAGUGGAGGAUAGCACCUUCCCCAGCCUGCAGGAGAAGUGGCUGGAUGAUAUCGGCAUUCCCAGACGCCAUUCACACACCUCUCAGUCAGUCCAAGCACUUGGCACCGGCAGCCAGGCAGAACCAAGACAGAAACAACGACUUCAUACCCGUUUGUCUCUUCCCCGACACCGAGUCCAAAUGGAGGACAUUCCAGAGAGAAUUGGAGAGGCAGAGGUCCUUGAGGUCCACUCAGAAACUCAGAAAGUUCCGGAUUUCAAGCCACGUCUUCCGCCGGUUGAUCAGAACGACCAGUGUAAACAGAGUGGUUAGGAUGCCUUGCAAUGAUACGUUUUGUUUUGAAGAUAAGCAAACUCUUUGUGUACUUAUCAGAAUUAUUUUGUAUUAUAUGAAAUAUUAUGAUAUGACUAUAAUUUCUUGAUGUCUCGUGUCCCUUAUAUAGAUUAUAUGUAUUCCAACAUAACCAGUUGAACCUGUGGUUCAGUAGAAUUAUUAAACAUUUUGUGACAAUUUA